AUGGCCACGGAGAUUCGAAGUUUUCUGGGAUUAGCCAAUUACUACAAACGAUUCAUUGAAAGAUUCUCUCAGAUAGCACUACCAUUGACAAAGCUUACAAGGAAAGAAGUGUUGUUUGUUUGGACGAAGGAGUGCGAGGAAAUUUUUGAAACGUUGAAGGAAAGGUUAAUGACAACACCAGUUCUUGUAUUGCCAACCCCGCUAGGACCGUAUUCAAAAUCAGUUCGUCAAGCAGCAAUGGUUUUUGCCCUCAAAAUUUGGAGACAUCACUUGUACGGAGCACGAUUUGAAGUCUUCUCAGAUCAUAAGAGCCUAAAGUACAUGUUCGAUCAGAAGGAACUCAACAUUGACAGCAAAGGUGGAUAG